UAACUUAAUAUAGUUGUGUUUUAAGAUAAAGAGCCAGGGCUGUGACAGAAAGCAGCCUGUCAUUAGAAGCAGCACUCCGGCGGCGCAGACAGGAGCGACGGAUAUGUCCAUAACUACAACAACAUCACCCACAUCAGCUUCCUCAGUCACCACCAAACUCGCCAGCACACCCUUAUUCAUAAGAACCCUUCCCACCAGCAUUCUUACUGACGACUCUCAGAUGGACAUUAUAGAGAAGCAAACAGAGGAGCAGAUGCAGACUGGUCUGCUCAUAGGCAUCCUCAUAACUAUGGUCCUCAUGGUGGUUGCUGUGUUGGCCACUAUAUACAUGUACUAUCAUCCCACCUCCAGCACCAGUCUCUUCUUCAUCGAGAGACGACCAACACACUGGCCUGCCAUGAAAUUUCGACGGGGUUCAGGACACCCGUCAUAUGCAGAGGUAGAGGCCAUGGGACAGGAUAGAGAAGGAUUCAUUGUGAUGGACCCUAGAGGCAGUUUUCUCGUGUCAGACAGGAGAGAGAGCUUGUUUCUGACAGACCAGAGGGAAGGAUUUAUUGUGGCUGACCAAAGAGAACAUUUCCUUAUCAUGGAACAUCGCUAAAGUUUAUGAAUUAGCUCCUCUGUUUUUGAGAGGAAGUUGCACUGGAUGCUGGGAUGAAUGUGGUAUUUGUUUGACCUUAUAGCAGCAAGUACUUGAAAUGUGAGUGAUCUAUUGCACCAUUACACCAAAGUGCAAUGUAAACAUUGUGGAUACAUAAUGUUUUUUCCAACACAGUGAAGCUAGUGGAAUUGCAGCGCUCAGAGAAAACCUUCACAUCUGAGCUUUUAUUUACUGGCCCCCUUUAAACCACCGUCUGAAAAUGUUCCUGAGAGUCCCCUUGUUGGUUUAUCUCUUCUAACCAGAUGGGUCAUUAAAGCCUUUACAAAUUACUAUUACAAACCCCUCACAGUACGUCCUGUGUAAAACAGGGAAGCCUGAACUAUAUAAUUUUGCUAUUAAUAAUAUAUUUAUACUCCAAAUUCAUGUGGAUAAUGUUAAGGUACUGUUAUAGAAGAAUCUUAAAAACUUUGAUAGUUCUUUAAAAUAUUCUUGAUUCAAAUAUAUAGCAGUGUAUCAGAAACACUGAGAUAUAUUUGAAGAGUUGAUCGUACACACACACUCCUGGACACACAUCCAAGGUAAUCUCACCAGUUGCAAUAGUAACCAUACAUACCUCAGUUAAUGUCUUCAUAAUAUCUGUGCUUUGUUUUCGUAAUAUGUAGUUUGAUUUGUAUGUUUGAAAUAUUCUCAAACAGAAGUAUAGAUCUCAACAACUCAAAUGUUAUAUUGAUGAUUUCAGUAAAUUAAUAUCAUAACAUAAUUCUGUUUGUAAUCAGGACAACUCAAUUCAACAGCAGUAACAACAAACAUCACAAAAAAUGUGUACGAAAAUGUACUAUAAUUAAAAUAUCAAACCAAAAAUCCAUUAAUUUACACCGAUCAUUUACACUUUACAAUAAAUCAAUGUCUUUACAGUAAUUUGUAUACUUCUCUAUUAUCAGCACAUAUACAUUUCUGCAUGAAAGGUGACACAUGGCUAGAAUAAUCUACUCUAAAUCAGAAAGAUUAAUCCAAGAAAUAUUUGGUCAGGCAUUCAAAUGAAUCUAUAUAAGGGAUAGUGCACCAUCUCUUUCAUCUGUAGAAUAUAAAAAAAAAACUUUUUGAGAAAUGCCUUAAAUGUUGUUGUUGUUUUUUUCCAUAUAAUAGAAAUGUUUUAAUAAAACUGUUUUCGAUUUUGAGUAAGUAAAAAAGUCCGGAAUAUUCAUGUUAGGGUAAACUAUUCCUUUUCUUUUUUUUUUAAUUAAAGGCUUUAUUUGAUGAUGAGCUUGAUUCACAGUAAUGGUCAAAUAUGCUAAAACAAACCCCCACAUCAUAGUAUAAUUUUACAUUUUAUUUAUUAUUUAGAUUAUUUAUUAUGAGGGGAGAUAGGUAAUAAAGCAAUCAAGAGUUAUUUGUUUGUGUAAAAUGGCAUCACUACAGAGCCCCGCACAUGACAUGCAGGAAAAAAUAUUAGGUUAAAUCGUGUGCACGAUUUACUAAUUCAUUCCCUCAAUGUACUAAAACGUGCACACGAUUAUUAUUGCAUUCCCUCGAUUUACUAUUUCAUUCACUCGAUUUAUAGAUUAUGCGCACGAUUUAGCAAAUGGAGGGAACGCAAUUGAGCAUCGCGUUAGAUCAGUCAGGCCACGUUAGUCACACUUGCAUCAGCUGACGGUCAGCCAUUCCUAACGUGUACCAAUCCAGUCUUGACACCUUUCACCUGCGGUCUAUUUAAAUUCCCAUUCUUCAGUGUCUCUUCCAUC